AUGGCCGCUCCUCGACUUUUCCGCCCAGCUUCCCGGCUGCUGUCUUCGCGCCUGUCGACCUUUGCCAAGCGUCCGGCCUUUGCUCCCUCCGUCUGCGCUCAGGCUGCUCUGCGUACUCGCAGCUACGCCACCGAGGGUGGUGUCAAGGAGGUCACUGUCCGUGAUGCUUUGAACGAGGCGCUCGCCGAAGAGCUCGAGGGCAACGAGAAGACCUUCAUUCUCGGUGAGGAGGUCGCACAGUACAAUGGAGCUUAUAAGGUUACGCGAGGCCUGUUGGACCGCUUUGGUCCCAAGCGGGUUAUCGACACUCCCAUCACCGAGGCCGGUUUCACCGGUCUCGCUGUUGGUGCUGCCCUGGCUGGUCUGCACCCCAUUGUGAGUAUUUUUCCGGAGAGCGAGAGCAAUGGCGAACCCGACAGCACACCGAGACGCGGCGAUUUGGGAUGCGAGUUCAUGACCUUCAACUUUGCCAUGCAGUCCAUUGAUCAGAUCAUCAACUCCGCCGCCAAGACUCACUACAUGUCCGGUGGUAUCCAGCCUUGCAACAUUACCUUCCGUGGUCCCAACGGUUUCGCCGCCGGUGUCGCCGCUCAGCACUCCCAGGACUACUCUGCCUGGUACGGCUCCAUUCCCGGUCUCAAGGUCGUCUCCCCUUGGAGCUCCGAGGAUGCCAAGGGUCUGCUGAAGGCCGCUAUCCGUGACCCCAACCCUGUUGUGGUUCUGGAGAACGAGCUUAUGUACGGUCAGGCUUUCCCCAUGAGCGAGGCCGCCCAGAAGAACGACUUCGUCCUGCCCAUCGGCAAGGCCAAGAUUGAGCGCGCCGGAAAGGAUUUGACCAUUGUCUCUCUCUCUCGCUGUGUCGGCCAGUCUCUGACUGCCGCCGCCGAGUUGAAGCAGAAGUACGGUGUUGACGCCGAGGUCAUCAACUUGCGCUCCAUCAAGCCCCUCGACGUUGAGACCAUCAUUGCCUCUCUGAAGAAGACCGGCCGCCUGAUGGUGGUUGAGUCUGGCUACCCCAUGUUUGGUGUCGCCUCCGAGAUCCUUGCUCUGUCCAUGGAGUACGGUUUCGACUACCUGACUGCCCCGGCUGUCCGUGUCACCGGUGCCGAGGUUCCCACCCCCUACGCUCUUGGUCUCGAGAACAUGUCCUUCCCCCAGGAGGACACCAUUGUCACCCAGGCCGCUAAGCUGCUGCGGGUUUAA